AUGGGCAUACAAGAUUUACAGGCGUUUUUAGAAAAUGAAGGAGUCGGUGUGGAUUUAUUUCGAAUCGCCAGAACCCAUCCAGGUGGUUUCCGUUUAGUGCUCGAUGCUGAAGGAUGUCUUGAUCGUCUGUACGGUGGCUACUUCUCGGACUGGGCAUGCGGAGGCCAGUGGGCAAGAUGUGUACAAUUUUUAACAACAUUGGCACAGGCCCUUGCUGAUCAUCAAGUAUCCCUAUGUGUUUGUUUUAAUGGAGCUCACCCAACACCUCCAGCCUUACCACAACACUGGAUCCAAACACAGGCUACACACAGACAGAGAGUCAAUUCUGUUCUCCGCCAUAUUGUGACCAAGGGCACACCUCCACCAAAAGUGUGGUGGGUACCUCCAACUGGAUUGCACUCUUGCCUUAGAACUGCUUUGAGAUACCUCAAUAUUCCCAUUAUGGUGUCAUCAGAUGACCACUGUCAAGAAGUAGUAGGCUUAUGUCGAGAGAAGGCAUAUGCUGGUUUAGUGGGUUGCUCUGGUGAAUAUUUAGUUUUCCAGCCUCCUAGAUAUUUUAGUUCAUCGCAAUUAAAGCUAACAUACAGGUCUUCAUUGGAAACUAAGGAAUACAUGGUUCAUGAACUUCCUAAAGUACUUGAUGUGCCUCAAGACCGAUUGUGCCUAUUCGCAGCCCUUUUAGGCGGAGUGAUUCUGUCUGAAAAUGGUUUGACUGACUUUUACAAACGUCUUGGAAUAAAUCAAAAGAAGCAACAAGUGCCACCUGAGAACUUAAUAAAAACAAUAGGCCAGUUCGUACAUGAUUUACCAUCAUCGGACAUAGAUGCUGCAUGUAUUGAGGUAUUUGGUGACCUCAAUGAUCUCCGUGCUGCAAAACUAAAGCAAGCCGUACAGUAUUACUUCAAUGGCACCAAAGAUGGAUUUUUAAAAUAUAGAACUGCAUCUGGUCGUCGUCCAAAACCAAACAAAAAGAACCAAAAACCAGACCAAAAUCUGCAAUCAACUUCAUCCGAUAUGGACACCUCGAAACUGGCAACUGAAUCAUCCGAACAUGAGCAAAAAGGCUUGGAAGAUUACAAAUUGGCGACAAUUAACGCGUCAAUAAACGCAGACUUUAGCUUAGAGGAACAUUGUCAUGAGUUGAGUCAUGGCGUUGCGGCGAUGUCUUUGGAAACAGCAGACACACACACGAAGCAAGUGGCUAAGCCCACUGAAAAAGUGGACAGACCAUCCAAGGAGGGAGUACCAACAAUAAGCGCGCACUUGCAAAGCGAAGACAACUGCCCAUGCGCACCGGCUGAAGUACUACGCACGUGCGCGGAAAGGCACACACGUGGUCUCAUGCACCCACAGAUGCUGUCAAUACUAACCCAUAGACAAAUUACUCUACCAGUGCUCAUGGAAGACGAUAACCAUAGAGAAAUACCAUCAAUUCACCACUUCUACAGGCCGAUUCGACAAAAUGUAUAUGCCAUUGUAUACAAUAUGCAUCACCAUCGAUUCAUGGCUCAUAAGGCCAAAGAGGAAGGAACAGCAAGUACAUCAUUAAAUGAGCGACCUUGUACAGUACAAGUGGCAGAAUGGAUUUAUUCCCGAGUGAAUCCGGGUAAAAGUCAUGAGAUUGUACCGGGCGUUGUACUCGACUGGCCUGUGCCUACCGUGCAAAGACUUUGGUUUGGUACCGCCCAAGAUGACAAAUGCCGUCGUAUGCGUGCGUUCCUAUCGUGCAUGAAGUCUGACACUCCUCUCAUGCUCAACACCUCUUAUGUGCCGCAACAUCUUUUGAUUUUAGCGACUGUAUUAAGAUUCAUUAUGACAUCUCAAAUACAAAUUCUUAGACGGCAAGAAUUGGAUGCAUUUUUAGCGACGGCUUUCUCAACUGAUCUCAUGAACGCUCUGCACUUGCAAGAGAUGACGGUGAAUGGAAUAAGUUCUCGUGGCGUUCAGCUAGGAGCGCUAGUGAUGGCGGGCGCUGAAGUGGCGUUACUGGCGAAUGACGCUUGCGGUGCGCCCGUGCCGUGGCUAGUCGCCGCGCCUUGGCUGUACUUCGACGGGAAAUUACUCCAACGUAAUUUGCAUCGCGCAAACCAUUGCAAGCACUUGGCUCAGCUAUGCGAUAACCAUCUGGAUACUGUAGUCAAGGUGGAACGCAUGCGCAAGGCAAUCCUCGAAGGUUUAGAGGUGGAGUUUGCGAUGCCCCCCCUGCCACUAGUAGGGGUCGUGGGUGAACCUUUAGGCGGGUGGAGGGGAAGGGGUCGCGGGGCGAGGCUUGAGAUUGCAGGAGUCGUUGUGGGGCAGUGGGGCAGCGGCAGCUACCCACCACGUGCUGCCAGAUAUCCGCAGGUCAGCUACGUGGGCUACACGCCCCCUCCUCGUAACGCGUACAGCGGUCGCGGUUGGCGUGGCGUUCGCGGUCGUGGGCGUGGUCGCGGCGCCAUCGGCACCAGAGGGCGUGGACGACGCGUCAGAAGGGACACGGAUGAGCCAGCCAGACCAGCCACUAUUGCUGUUAAUGGAAAAACUGUGAGAUCUGAUGAUAUGAACCUUCUCGCCGAUGAGGGAAGUCCUCAAGAGGAUAACAUCGAUAAUGAUGGUGAAGGAGCUCAACAACAAAAACCAAAGACUGGAAAAAUUCCCAAGAAAAAUCUGGGAAAGGGGAAAAAGAAAUCAGCUAAGACUGAUGUAGCGCAAUCGUUAGAGGCCAACGGACCUUUAGAUAAGAAGGAUCAAUCCAUAUCUGAAAAGGAGCACAUCGGUCAAGGGGAUGCGCCCGUCUCCAAUUAA